GAACUCCUCACACCUCAUCCAUCACUCUCUGGACAUGGCGCAAAGAGAGAUUCCUGGCUUCUACUUUGAUGCUGAGAAGGGCAAAUACUUCCAGGUCCAGGCAAAUCAUGUUGCGCCGCAAGGAGCAAAGUAUUCGCAUGGGAAUGUUCGUAAGGAGAGAGAGCUGUCCAAGAAGCGCAAGCGAGUCGCAGCUUAUAAGCAAAAGCGCGAGAUGCAAACAGUCCGCCGAUCCAAGAUCCUGGACUCACCAUCAGCCGCCGGAAUCGGACUAUGGCGCGAACAAGGACGCUCUCACUUUGCCAAUUACGAAGCACGAAUCGCUGCUCUGGCCGCUCAAUUCCAAGGCUAUGAGACCUUGAGUCUCAAGAGCUGCGAGAGUUGCGGGAAACGGGAUAGCAUCCACGACUUCUUUAUCGAUGAUCAACUGGAUGCCAUUCUCAUGGCACUUGGCUCGAGAAACUUCGGCAGAGUUCAAUUCCUGGGCAGAUCGGAGAAUGCCUAUGAUAUUGCGGCGUUUCGAUCAGACAUAUCUUCAAUCAGCAUUUCGCAGUCGAGAAGCUUGGUAGCGACUUCGUACGAUCGGUCACAUCCAGGAAAUGUAUUUGUGGCAGGAAUGGCUGGAAGUAUUGAUAUGGAGGGAUCGCCGCCGAUCUUGGACUCACCUGCGCCAUGCUAUUCGAUGCUCGGAAACUUGGAGACUACACUUUGGACAGCAAGUCCGAGUCCGAUGGGUGCGGCCAGCGAUGUCAUUGCUAUUGGCAGUUCGGAAGGAGUCUAUAUGCUUAAUGCUCAGGGCGACUAUCUCCAACAUCAUCGACUGAGAGAGGACGUACGAUCAAUUGACUGGCUGACACCGAAUGUGGCUGUGGGAGGCACGAGGACUGGGCCAGUCUAUCUAUGGGACGUUAGAGCAGAUGGCGCAUCGCUAAGAUUCAAACACACGAGUGGCGUUACGGGUGUCCGCAGUCUAGGCGAUGGCUCACGAGUACUGGUAUCAGGAUUCAAGGGCGCUUCCAUCUACGACACACGUAUGACUUCAAAGUCAAAGGGCCCACAUGCUCCAUCGCCGCCGCUUCUACGCCUGGCGCCUACCAAGACUGAAUUCCCAAACAUCUCUAUGGAUGUUCUACCAGAUGCCCAACUCUUGGCAACAUCAGACGACGAUAAUGUGAUUCAGUUACAUUCACUCUCCAGCGGCAAGUUGAUGGGCAGUCUUGAGGGAGCCAACCCAAAGGACAAGGGACGGAUCUCCAGAUUGCGAUUCAUCCGGUCGCCGGAUGGCAGACCAACUCUGAUGGCAUGUCAGGGAUCCAGGCUGUUCGAGUGGUCUUGGGGAGGAGCUCUGGAUGAUGAGGGUUGAUGAAUUCAGGUUUCCUAUCUGCUUUCCUGGGCUGGCAUGCGCGGCGUUCAUGGAUCACGGGGCAGCAUACAUAUACCCUUUCACGAGAUGACAUACGGGAAUGUUCUCUCUUUCCCAAUUCACUAUACCCAUCACUAGCAGAUCCAAAGGCUUGCAUAACCCAAC